AUGCUAGAUAAAGUUGAAUUUGCACUGACAAGCUCACCAUUAUCAGCAACAGACGCAGAACCCUUCACCUUGACCUGUAGCAUCACGUCUGGUUCUGUGGUAAACAUAGCAUGGUUGCAGAACAACACAACAAAGGUCUUUACGCAGCUGCCCGACAGUUGUACUAAGCAACAACCCCCUACAUGGAAUAACAUCAGCCGUUUCAGUGAGAGCUGCAAUGACACGGUCCACAGUUUAGAGUUUAGGUUCAACUCUACUACAGACCAGGGAGGAUGGCAGUGCGGAAUGAUUGUAAACAUGACCUACAUGUACCCGAGAAGCAACAUUUAUAAUAUAGGUGUUGCAAGCUCUGUUAUGUCAACAACGACCCGGUAUGUGGGGACCUCAUCUGAACCUGUGGCAAUGACGUCACAGAAAGGUAUUGCAAGUCCUGUCACGUCAACUCAGUCUUCAACAACCACCGGGUAUAGGGAGACAAUGCCAAAAUCUGGGACAGUGACACCACAGAGAGUUGAACUUGUACUGACGAGCUCACCAUUAUCAGCAACAGACGGAGAAACCUUCACCUUGAUCUGUAGCGGCACUUCUGGUUCUGCAGUAAACAUAGCAUGGUUGCAGAACAAUACAACAAAGGUCAUUACGCAAAUGAGCAACAAUUGUACUAAGCAACCACCCCGUGUGGGGAAUAAUAACAUCAACCGUUUCAGUGUGAGCUGCAAUGCCACGGUCCACAGUAUAGAGUUUUGUUUCAACUCCGCUACAGACCAGGGAGGAUGGCAGUGCGGGAAGCUUGUAAACGACACCUACAUAUACCCGAGAAGCAACAUUCAUAGUGUAGGUGUUGCAAGUUCUGUCACGUCAACUCAGUCUUCAUCAACAACGGCCCGGUAUAUGGAGACUACGUCCGUACCUGGGACAGUGACACCACAGAAAGUAGUUUCAAGUUCUGUCAUGUCAACUCUGUCUUCAUCAACAACGACCCAGUAUACGGAGACCACGUCCGAAUCUGGGACAGUGACACCACAGACAGGUGUUGCAAGUCCUGUCACGUCAACUCAGUCUUCAUCAACAACGACCCGGUAUAUGGAGACCACGUCCGUACCUGGGACAGUGACACCACAGAAUGGUGAAUUGGUACUGACGAGCUCACCAGCAACAGCAACAGACGGAGAACGUUUCACCUUGAUCUGUAGCGUCUCUUCUGGUUUUGUGGUAAACAUGGCAUGGUUACAGGAGAAUACAACAAAGGUCAUUACGCAACUUUUCAACGGUUGUACAAAGCAAAAACCCGUUGUGGGGAAUAACAUCAGCCGUUUCAGUGUGAGCUGCAUUAACACGGUCCACAGUAUACAGUUUAAAUUCAGCUCCACCAGAGAUCAAGGAGGAUGGCAGUGCGGGAAUAUUACAACCGAUACCUACAUACACCCGAGAAGCAGCAUUCAUAGUAUAGCAGUUGCAAUUCCUGUCAUGUCAACUCAGUCUUUACCAACAACGACCCGGUAUAGGGAGACUACAUCCGAACCUGGGACAGUGACACCCCAGAAAGGUGUUGCAAGUCCUGACACGUCAAGUCAGUCUUCAUCAACAACGACCCGGUAUAUGGAGACUACGUCCGAACCUGGGACAGUGACACCACAGGAAGUCUCUACAGAUGACGAUGAUUCAGUUACCAUCUACAUCGUGGUUGGGGCUGUAUGUGGAGGCGUUUUGCUUGCCGUCGUUAUCGUGGGCAUCGUGUGUAUCCGACGGAGAAGACAAGCAGCCCGUCAGAAGGAAAAUAUCAAAGGAGAAAAGAACGUUACGGCGACUCAAGUUUAUCAAAACGCAGCAAGUUGCGACAUGGUCGAAAAUGAGUUGUAUAGACGGUCACGUGAUAUCUUCCCUACCAACGAAGCUGAAAAUCAGGAGGACGACUUCAUUAUGUCAGAUGCAUACGCGAGUGUGGAUAUGCUAGCUACGAGCACGUCCACACCACGUGAGCAGGGUGCGUCAUGUGACGUCGACGUAGACAACCUGUAUGCUAAACCUGAUAAAAGCAGGUCUUCAAAUGUUCAACAAGUUUCAGAUAUAUAAAGAAACCCAAGAAGAAGAGACAAGAUGAUCCAAAGGUGUCUGAAGAUGUCAACACUGGGGACGUGUAUGCAAAACCCAACAAGGGUUGAAGGACAUGUUAUAUGCGUGAAAUAUAACAACCAAAGACUUUUAGCUUAAAGCAUCGUAUCAUUCCGACUCAAUCAUAAACAUGUGGUUUUGAAUGACUGUCAAAUAGUUACGAUACCAGGUAUAAAGAAAAUGUGAGGUGCAACCUGUCCCAACUGCAUUCUCGAAAUGUUGAAUACCUUUUACGCACAUUUGGUAAAAAGUAUUAUAAUGAAUGCAACAUUUGAUGCUCAUAGCUUAUACAUUUGUAACUGUUACUUGUAAUGCACGCAAUCUGAAUUUUCACUCCUUAUUUUUUUGAUUUGACAGAAUUGUUUCUGUUUGCCAUCAUACUGACGAAAAAGUAAUCUUGUUUUGAAAGAUUAUGUUAUAUGUUAACCAGUCCUUUCAAUGUGACAACAACGAAUUGUCGGACAUGUAAUGUACAGGAAGUUCGUAUGAACGAAAUCAGUGCUCGCCUAUGCCCUGCUCCAAUAGUCGUAAGGAACGAGCACAAUGAAACCGCGAGAGCCGGGAACAUUCCGAGAUCCGGACGUUUGCUUUGUGAAGGUCUGUGCUUACCUAUUGGGAUUUGGAAACACCUGUUUGGGAAUAGUUUAUGAAACGUUUCUAAUAUAUGUGUAUAUAUACUAU